AUUCAUAUCACGCCUCAUGACAAUGCAUGUACUAAUAAUUGCAUUAUUAUUCAUAAAUCUAUGUUUACAAUUGUCCGAAACAAAAUGGCCGACCAUGAGAAAGUACAAAGUUUUGUGAAGAUAUCUUUGAUAUUUCAAAUAUGUGGUUUCCUUAUUCUAGUAAUAGGAUUAUCGACUCCUUACUGGAGAGCUAUACAUUUUGAAUAUGUUGCUGAGUCGAGGAACGAAGUUGGUUUGCUGAUUCAAGGAUUUGACGAAGGACUCUGGAGAAGAUGCAUUAAUAGUAUCUGUGCAGAUAUUGAUUUGGCGGGAAGAGAUUGGAUGCAAGCAGUGAGAUUUUUCGCCUGCCUCGGUGUUAUGUCAUCCUUUAUAGCGACUGUAUCACUCAUCUUGUUUAUGCUUAUAGAGAAACUAUCAGCAAAUAAAUAUCUCUAUCUGACCUCGGCCAUAGCCUCGUUUAUUGUUACUGGAUGUACAUUUCUAUCUAUUAUGAUAUAUGGCGCCAUUAUAAAAGAGGGACUAGCAUGGUCGUUCGUCAUGGUGACGGUUAGUGGUGCGGUCCACGUCAUUUCCGGUUUACUGCUAUUGAUUGCAUUUAUUACGGGAAGAAAGGACGUUUGACGAAUUGAGCGUUUCUAAAAGAGAGAGAGACAAUACUAGUAACUUAGAACUCUCGAAAUGUGUUUAGCGCACAGGCACUUGUCUCAGAUAAAACAUUCCUAAUAUAAACCUUACAAGUGCUUAUGGUUUGGCGCCUAGAAUAUGUACAGCUAACAUGUGAUCAAUAAAAUUAUAAAGGACUA